AUGUUGAUGCUCACGGACAAACUUGUCAUCUGGCUUACGACGGGCUUGUUGGCCAUCUGUACAAUCUUCUUCAACAUGUACCUGCUUCUGGUGAUCCAUAGGAGCUACCGAAAGACGCACAAGCUGAACCCGUGUGACUUCAUCAUCUCGGCCAUCGCUGUGGCCAGCAUCACCCUGCAGAUUCUCACUUACUUAUGGCAGACCAUAGACCAGAUCGACAUUGUGUGCAGAAUCAACUUCGCAGAAGCGAUCCUCCUGGUGCUCAUCUUCAGCCUGAAACUCGUCAUAUUCUGGAGCACGGCGUUUCUCAUCUUCUACUACGGCACCAAACUGGUGGUAGAGCCGGUCCACUGCUACACACGCAUACAGGAGGCCAUCAUGAAACAUGUGCACAUCGUCCUGCUCUUAAUCUACAUAAGUGGUUUUGUAAACUGUGUCCCGUUGCUGAUAAUGGUGGGCCAUAAAAAUUACACUUCCACCAUAGCCGACUGCGGGACCAUCCUGCCCACCACUCCCAUUGAAUACACCUACAUAUCCUACUACAUUCUCAUCUCUGACAUCAUCCCGUGCAUCGUGAUGAUGAAAAGCAGUAUUUCUAUUAUGUACAACCUGGCAAAACAUCUUCGGAACAUGAAAGCCAGCAGCAACGGCGCCCACGGGCCCAAGCUGGGCACUCAAAUGCGGGUGAUCAGGAUGACCCUGAGCCUGGUGGUCAUAUUCGUUAUGUUCGUGGUUGGCGACAUGUUGACGAUGGCGACCGUAGUGCUGAUGAUGCAGAACACCCUGUAUUUGAUCGUUCUGAUUGCAAGCAUCUACACCACAGUCAGCGCUGCCGCGAUGGUUUACGGGAAGAAAAGACACUGGAAGGAACUCGUAGCAUCCUAUAACAUCUUUUUAGACGAGUACCCUUGCAUAAGCGGUUUGAAGGUCGCGGAGGUCAAAACAGAGCCGCAAGACAACGAAGAAGAAUGA